AUGGAGAGAAGACCCUCACAGUUAGGUAGUAAGACUUGUCGCGACUGCAAAAGUUACUUAUUUAACUGUGAUCUUCUUCUCUGUAUUUAUUGACUUUAUUUCUUUAUCUCACAGUUCAAAAUUAUGAAAUUCAUAGCAGAGCUGUCGCGCGAGCAAAAGCGCGGGCAGCGGAGCACCAUGGGUUAGAAAAUUUGGUUUUGGUCCUGAUAAACGUACGUACGUUUAUCCCUUCAAGUAAGCAGAGGUGAAAUUUCAUGGCCACCCAGAUCUUUAGAAAGGAAAAAGCAUCAACAAAGCCAAUUUUUUUUUCGAGUAAAUUUCUAUGUCUACAUUGAUGUGGAUAACAGAAAAAGAACAAGAGCCAGAGAUAAAGAAAAAAUUUAAAAAGGAGACGAAUUUCUUUCCUCCCUGAGAAGAAACAUGAAAAUUUUAUAGCGGCGGUGAGAAGAUGAGAAAUACUAGCGGCCACUAAGAUGAAAUGAGCGGCAGUGAAAAAAAAUGUGAACAGGGACACAUAUGUAACUAGGAAGUUUCUGGAAGUUAUAAGUUGUAGUCGUGCAAACAAAGGCAAGUAAGUGUACAAAAAAGUGUGCUGCACGGUCAAAGUUUUUUUUCUGCUAAUUAGACCUAUGGAUUUUUUGCAGUUCUCGCUACCGUCGCCGUUUAGCAUUACACGAUGUUAUAUUUGUUUGAGUAGACUAUAAAUAUAAACGAGAGCUUCGCUUUUAGGCGUGGCUAAAUGUCGAUAUUGUAUUCACCAUUUCAGUCAGUUCAUCUUUGGUAUAUUAAGUAGUAAGGCUUGUCCCAACAGAGUGAGCUGCUUAUUUAAUUACAAGAGUCCUCUCUUGUUUAUUAUGAUGAUCUUCUCUUCAUUUAUUUCCCUUUCAUUCCGCAGUUCAAAUACCGUAAAUCCUCUAUUAAGCCCCCCCUCUCUAAUAAGCCCCCCCUUUUCAGAGGAGGAAAGCUAAUAAGCCCCCCUCUCUAUUAAGCCCCCCCUUCCCCUCCCCCAAUCCUUAUUCUUCACAAAAAAAUUAACGAUUAACGUGGACUGAUCAGUUAUGGUUUAUUCAUAAAAAUUACCGAGGAACAUGAGGCCGAAAGCACAUUUUUGAAGAAUAAGAAUUUUGUUUUUGCUACUUUUAGGCUCCCACAAGUGAAUUAAAUACUUUUGGCAGUGACUUUAAUUGUACAACGCCUAAAUCUACUCUGUCUCAUACCACGGUAUUUUUGCUACAGGUGAUGCGUUUCGCUAAAUUAAAUAAGCCCCCCCCCUCUCUUUUAAGCCCCGUCUCUCUAUUAAGCCCCCCCUCAAAAGUGCUUGAAAAAAAUAAGCCCCCCGGGGGGCUUAAUAGAGGAUUUACGGUAUAUGAAAUUCAUGUAUUCAUUAUUUCAUCUUCAUCUUUCUCGGGUAUAUUACAAACCAAUUAAUGGCCAGCUCCCAGUCUGCUUGCUAAUUCAAUUGGUUAGAGCGCUGGACAGUUAUCGCAGAGGUCAGGGUUCCAAUCCCAGCAACCCUGAAUAUUUUCAGGUUCGCUUUUCGAGUUUGCAUCUGCAUAAGCUGUUCAUUUAAACAAUCUGAAGGUCUUUCCUUCUAUUUCUUGUUCUCAAACAGUUGUUUACCACGUUCUAGACACCUUCAUUCGAGAAAAUAUGCUUCGCAGAUUCUUCAGCUUUCGCAGACCAAAACUGGAUGAGAAGGAAACAGUUGAUGAGCUUGAGAAAGAAAACAUUGCUCCGAACUCUCAGGUAUAAAGAAAAAAUAUAUUUAAAGGGACUGAGACUGAGAAGACACACUGAAUAUUGACUGAGAAGGCCUGAAAAGACACCCCACAUGGAGUGGGUAAAUUUGACCCCUAGAUGGGUAAAAAUAUUUGCUUUCCGUCCUGAAAACCAUACUUGAGACCAUUUAUAUUCCUAAGUGAGAGGACGGGCAUUUCUCCAUCUUUCAUAUGUCUGUCCCACCCCUCCCCUCCCCCGGAGUUGCAGAUACUUCCACUCGUCAGAUUUUCGCUUUUAAAGAUGCCCUUUUUUAUGAUUGCAGACAAACCCGCUGGCGAUCUCCAAGACAACCAUGGGGGAAGGCAAAACAAAUUCAACCGGCACAGCUGAAUUAGACACAACAACAAAUACAGAAUCUAAGGACUAUACAGAGAAUCAGAAUCCUCGCGAAAAACCCGAGAACAAAACUGUUGAGGAUGAACUCUCGCAGAAAGAAAAAGCAAUUUCUAAUUCAGAGCUACAAAAGAGAACUUCUACACUUUCGGAUGUUGAAAGGUAUGAGAAGCGAACGACAAAAACGACGCACGUACCAUAUUUACUCGAUCUCGAUUUAACCCCGCCCAUGAAAACAAGCCUCCCUGGAAUUAACGCUGCACCCAAUCAAAAGAAUGCGGCGGUUAUAUGAGGAUUAACUGAUAACUGAUUGAUUGGUAAUCUACACUAUUCAGACCCCACAGACAAUUUCAAGUCCAUUUCACCAGAUAAAGCGAGAAACUGGAACUUUAAACAUCUUGCUGUUUUACAUAAUUUUUGUAAAUGAUUUAUGGUAUUUGUUUACAGUGAUCUAAGAAACGUGAUUUUGAAAUAAACACCGUCCUUGAAUCAGGGGCACCCAACGAGAAUAUAGUUCAAAACCACUUAAACAUAACAUUGUUCAACGUAUUUUAGUAUUUAAACGGUAGAUAUAGGCAAAUUUUUAUCCCUUAAAAAUUUUUCAUCUGUUCGGAUUUCCUAGCUGAAAGUCUAGUGAUCCGAAAAUUAUAGGGGUCAAAACUUACCUUUUCGAAAAUUUCAGCCAGGAAAAGGGCUCCCGAAAAUUCUAGGUGUCCUUUUUAGGGUAAAAAUUCGUUAAAAAUGGACAAUUAUACCAUUUUUUAGAUGUUCGAAAAUCCUAGGAGAGACAGGCAAGCAAGAAAUUUUACAGCAAAUGUUCCGAAAAUUCUAGAUCUCAAAUCGUCUUCCGAACAGAUAUUUUCCAAAAAUUGACGUUGGGUACCCCUGUUGAAUAAACGCCGCAUUAAAUAUGCUAAGAGUUUGAUUAAUGCUGUGGCGUUUAAUCGAACAAAUAUGGUAAACGAAUCAAUAAAACCUAACAGGACCAGGGCCCAGUUGUUCGAAGGCCGAUUAGCACUUAACCUUGGUUUCUUUUUCUUAUGCUCAAAAGCAUUUUCUCGGAUAACUUUCCCUGUUAUUUUUAGAGCUUCCAAUCAUCAACCUGUAGACAAAAAGAAUUAAAACUGAAAUGCUUUUUAAGCUUUCAAAUCUGAAUUCAAAUCUCGCACUAACCCUGGGUUAUCUUAACCCAGCUUUGAACAACUCGGCCCAGAGUUGUACUCUACUUUAUCUAUAUAGAGGGUCCUUAGUCCUCUCUACCAUUAAUGAAAUCCUAAUAUAAGUUCUGAUUGGCUGAUGCAUUUCUGGCGCGAAAGUGAAUCUAUAAAUAACCUGAAAAUCCAUCACGUGGGGAGGCCACGAAGCUCUCACAGCGAGUUGUUUUAUUGGUUAACGAAACAAUAGAUGAAUCACCCAAACAAUGCUCCAAGCCUGGCUAAAAACAAUAGCAGGUGUGUUUUUAAGGGCCACUAAAAAUAGGGCUUUCCUAGGGCACGCCGAGCAAGACGGGACACGAGAGAGUAGCGGAAAUCGAACCUAAGGCCUUCGUGGCUUCAGAAAACAGACAGAUUCUUGAAUGUAAGAAAUUUCAAACCUUUGUUAUCUUUCCCUUUACGUUUCAGUGACUUGAAUGAAAGUGAGAAACUAAAAAAUGAUGUGUCUUCUGUUCUCAAAGAGACAGACUCGUGUGAAAGUACCAAAGAUGAAGAAUCGGAUCGCUGUGAAAGCACGAUAUCAGCUGAUGAUAAGGAUGAGAGUGGUAUUGAACAGGAUUUUGAACCUACUGGAGAUGAGCCAGCUAUAAAGUUAAAGCCAAACGAUCACAACAACGAACCACGGAUAAAGAACGAGUGCCCGGAUAACUCUUUAACUAAAAAUGUAUCCACAGAACUGAACAAUGGCCUUGAAAGUUCUACGAAGACAACAGAGAGUCUUCCAUCGCCACUGGUUCCCAUUAAUCUCAAGUCUCACCUAAAACGAAAUGAUAAAAUCAAGUCACCAAAUCGAAACUUUAAUCGGGCAUCGGGCACCAUGGAGCAUAUUUAUAAAAGCUGUAAGAGCUCUCCUGAGAAAUGCCCAAGUUUCACGCCCCUAGCAAACACUAACAAGCCAUAUACGUCACCUUACAGAACACAGUACUCUCGGAGGCCCCUUGCGACUACACCUGCAUGGCAGCACCGUCGCAACAAGGCCCCCGAAAUGUUUGGAGACAUUGUCAUAAAAGAUCGUUUCAAAGCCAGAACCCAAUUUCCGUCUCCUUCACGAAAAGGUAUUUUGAAACAUCCGAACGGGUCUAGGUUGGCUUCAAAUGGAGUAAAGCAUGCAACAGCAACCAAGAAAAGCAAACUUAGUCCUCCUAAAGGUAGGUUAUCAUAUAUAUCAACUAUUGUAGUAAUAACCAAAGGUUACGGAGUGCGGGCGACAACGAUCGAAAGUCAAAACGCUUGUGCUCCAGCGCUGUGCUUUGCGUGAGUUUCACGUGACAGAUGGUCAAAACACAUGUGGUAAGAUUACGAGUGAUAGAAGGUCCAAAUUGGGUGAUCAAACUGCGUUCUGUGCCGUUCUGUGCAUUCCAUACAUUGUCGGUGGAAGUCCAAACGAAUGCUGGCUACAUACCUGCGACGCAUGUGUAAUAACAGCCUGGAGAUUAGGAUUGUGGGCUUCUCUUGUCGCCCGCAAAUAUAUCAAAAAUGGUAGGGAGGGUGAAACCAAAGAACAACUGAUUAGUUGUGUAAUGAAAAAUUGAACAGAUCAACAUUAGCUGCGUUGUCUUUAUUCGGCCAGUGAACAAACAGUUACAAUCUGCCGCAUGGAGUUCAAAAGCAGGUUGAUCGCACGGGCCAGAAUUAGCCUCCGACUAGAUUUAACUUUGUACCAAAUAAGGCUGAAAGUGUUAGUGGGCUUUUAACUCGUUGUUUGAAGCGCGAAAGAUGCGAUGUUCAAGCGCCUAUACAGUUUUCUUUGAAAGUUCUGUGAUACUUUAUAAUAAACCUCAUUUCAUACCGUAUCUACUUGUAUAUAUGUGACAUGUUAUCUUCAUUUCAUUUUUGUACUAACUCACUCGGUAAGUCUGUUUUUCAGUCAACCAAACCUGCUUGUUCCAUUUGCUCGUCUGUGAUCUUGUUAUGUUUGUUGCAGUACAGUGGUAACGUAUUGGUUAUGUAUGUGUCAAUGUUUUUGUUAUUGUAACGUUGGCAAUACCAGAAAGGCGUGUUCAUCCUGUUCAUCGUUGUCUUUUUCUUCUGUUUUCUAUUUAAACUAAUUACAUUAAAAUACAAAAUGAACUUUAUCACGAGUAGGUUUACUUAUACGCAAAUAACUCCUUUUUCCACUUAAGCUCUUGGGCAUUACGUCACUACAUAUAACCGUUUGUUUGUUUCUUUCACCAGGAAUAAAUGAACUUUGUUUAUGAGCCAUCUUAUCAAUUAAUCAGUGCAGUCGACUCCCGAUAACUCGAACCUUCAAGGGAAAUCGAAAAAAGUUCGGGUUAUCGGGAGCUCGAAAAAAAUAGCCGAGAGUAAGGAAAAAACAGUUUUUACUGCACAGUGAACAUUUAAAUCACAUUUAAUUGUAGAAAUGUCAAGUGAAAAUUAAAAGAUACUUCUAGAUUAUAAAUCAGAACGUAACGUAACAAACCAUAGCUUAAAUAGAGCAUGCGUUUUACUAUUUUGAGAAGUAAAGCUGCUUCACGUUAGCCUGUGAGAAUCAAUAUCAGCCUACACUAGUAAACUAUACUCCUACAACACGUCAAUAGGAAGUCGAAAAUUCAAUGUUUCGGACGCCAGUAGACGGCUUUUUCCCCGACUUUUUAAGGGCUCAAAACCUGGUUCGAGUUAUCGAAGGUAAAAUUAUAUAGAAAAUGACCUGAGGGGAAACGAAAAUUGGUUCGAGUUAGCGGGAGUUCGAGUUAUCGAGGGUUCGAGUUACGGAAGGUAAAAUUACAGUGAAUGUAUGACGGAAAUCCAGGGGAAAUCGAUUUUGGUUCGAGUUAGCGCGAGGUUCGAGUUAGCGAGGGUUCGAGUUAUCGGGAGUCGACUGUAUUAGUACUAAGCAAUGUUAAGGUUUAUUCCGGUUAUAUGGUUGUAAGGUCUUGUAAGCAAUAUAUCAACCGGAAGCUGUUUCCGCAUGGUCCGUAUAGCUUGUAAAAAGAACUAUUCUAAAAUUAUGAUAUGCUCUGACCGAAAGGCAUGACCAGGAGAUUCCCUCCAUGUGUUAUCAUAAUCUCUUUUAAUCAUUUAGAUUAUUGAUCCCUUUAGCUUGAGAAAACAGCCGACAUUUCGCGAUGACACAACUAGUUUUCCAGCGAAACGCUGCCUGAGAAACGCGCGCAGAAAUUCUUUACUGAUGACCGUCACUACCCAGAUCUGGGUAGUGCUUCUGAUUGGCUAAAGCGAAUUUCCCACGCGGCACGACCAAUCAGGAAGCGCUAUCCAUGUAGAUCUGGGUAGUGACGCGUCAUCAGUAUGGAAUUUCUGCGGUCGAUUCUUACAUGUCAUUUCGCAGGGAAACCGGUAGUCUCUGGUGACGUUGCGAAAUUUCGGCUGUUCUUUUUUUUUCAGGCUCAGAUCCCUUUCGUAAGAAGAGGAAAAGGGAGAAAGGCGAAUGAUUUGCUCAUUGCUUCGGAACAAACCUUCCUUCGUUUUGCCAACCUCGUCCUAAGGGCCUUUCCCUCAUUUUUGUUAAGGAAAAAGCCCUGGGGACGAGGUUGUCGUUUUGCAGUUUAAUGAAUGUACUUCGUGUAAAUGACUAUAAGUAGAUGGAGGAUAAAAACAAGGGGAGAUAGAAAUAUCUUUUAUCGUUGGAUGAUUCCAAACAACUGAGUAAUAAAAACUUUUUGCUAUGAUUUUACUGACGGAAACCAGCUUAAUGUGGUUCUUUGGGUGCAAUUUCAUGCAGGAAAAAGAAACUCUACGUCGUCUGACAGCGGGCUCAGCGACGAGGAAGGUUCCAGCGGCGAGGAGCAAAAACGCAUGCCUGUCAAAAAGAUCUUCAGUAACCAGCAGGCAUUGCGAAAGAAAAUCGAUGAUUUGAAUGGAAUGCUGAAAACAAUGGAACAACAAAAGGCGGAGUUACAGACCGUGCUCAGGAUCAUAGAGGAAUGGUCCGAGGAUUUACGGAGCGUGGAGAGGACUAAAUUAGGCGUCCCUUACAUAAGAGCUGUUAAGCAAACGCUUGGUAAGUCGAUUUUCAUCCAGCCCUCCCCAACCCAAGUUUUGGCUCGAGUGAGAAACAAGCGUUAACGUUGGCUUAGGAGAGGGGUGGGUGAAGACAUUUUCUCAGAGUCUUACCCAUCCGUCUCUUCAAUUCAAAUUGGUGGGUGCCUAUUUUUAUUCUGAACAACAGAAGGAUGAUGUUGUACACGAAGUUUUACCAUUCUGACCUCGCUAUCCCCUAUUUUUUUCUUAAUAUCAUCAGGGUUGAGUGCUUACCGGUACGGGCGGCUAUUUUGGUUUCAUAUGUACCGAGGGGGUGGGCGACGGCGGUUUUGUAGUGGGGGGUGGGAAUUGGGGUGGGAGGCGUUAAAAGAUUUUUCUCGCCUUCUCCCAAACUGUCCCUGACCCCUUAAGUAGAUUUGACACUCAUUCGGAACAUUUGAAACAGCUUGAAACAGCCCGUUCCGCAAAGCGCUCGUUCCCUACAAUCCUGCAGGAAAUAGGGGAUUGUAAACAUUCUAUGUAUAGUGAUUUGAGAGAAUGAUACACGACAGUUCUCAUUAACUGUUUGCAGUUUCAUGGUUUUCUUUUCACUUUAGUCCCAAGACAGGUACCAAGGGGAAAUGGGGCAAUUGAACUCCCGCUUCGAAGUAUUCACUGUUUUAACUGUAUUUUUUCUUUUGACAGCUAAACAGCGAGUAGCAUUGAGCAGCAAAAAAAGCGAUUUCAACAGAAGACUCACGAAGCUGAAAGAGGCUGAGGUUCCAUUUAAUGAAGAGUUCGGUAAUCUGAUUCAGCAACUCAGAAAAGAAGUCACUUACGUGGUUCGAGAUCAAAGAAAAUACAGCGCAAGAAGAGUUGAAAACAUUCGACAGCUUCAGGGUAGAGUGAUGGGAACUUGUAAUGCAAUUCUAGCAGUUUAUUAUGAAGGAUAAGCAUCCGACUGUUGAAGUUACUGCCUUAUUUAAAUAGCCUGAAAGAUUGCUAUCAUUGAACUUCUUUUAAUGAUAAUAGAGUAAUGUUUCUAUAUAUUACUUGAAAAUGAAAUACAAUAGAGAGGCUUUGUAGGAUAAUAAUUAGGCCAACUGGUUAGCCUGUGCAUAACACGCCGCACCCAGUGGAAACAAUUAAGACCGCUGAAGCAAACAAGAGAACAUGACAAAAGGAGUGAUUCCUGUGAUAUACAUAGAUUAUAUAUAGGUUAACAAUUUUAAAAAUUUACAUGAGCUCUGUGUUAGCGCUGCAGUGCUCUAUCAACUUAGCUAUGAAGACCCAUAACAUUGAGAGCAGACUAAUCUGCCGAGUUGAACUCAACCCGUGAAAGGAAUGAAAUAUGGUCAGUCAC